CUUCCAGCCGCGUGCUGGGGUGGCGUGCGUGUGACGCUAUGUGCCUGCUCGCUCGUAUGUUGCCGUCGUUCGUAGCGCAUUGCAUAUCCACCUGUUUGCUGCUUCUGCCCUUUGCGUGCUGCGUGUUGCGUGUGCGUGUUGCAUGUUGGGGUGCAUGUUGCAUGUUGGGAUGGACAAACAUGGGACUGGGCCGUCAGGCCGCCUAGGGUACUUCCUGAAACCGCUGCUGCUGUGUUGGGAGGUUCGUCAACGUGUGUGGAUGGAGAGAUGGGAUGUACACAGACAGGCACAGAAUCGCCGGGUGAGUGAGUGAGCCACACACACAAUACCGCACAGGCAGGCAUCUUGCCAGAUCUCUGCAUUCGUAUUGACUGUCCUUUGUUCUCUGUGCAGGCGGGGCUGUGUGUGUGUGAACGAUACGCAGAGCUGGUGUGUUCCGCAAAGUUGAUGAAUGCACAAUCUGUCUGCGCGUGGGUCAGCACGCAUGCACAAGCACACGAGGAGGCGUGCGUCAGUCGCGUGUGGUCUUAUCUUGUUCGUGUAUGUCAGUCAGGACGUUUCUGUCGAUGCUGGCGGUCGGGGCGAGUGCAGGAGGGUUGCUCGCUUCACGCGCAUGCGGGCCAGAUCUUACUUGGUACACAGGUCAGUAGGCAACGACAGACUACGCACUGUAUGGACGUACCAAUCUUACACACGUACCAAGAAUCUAUGAGAGCUCCUCGUGUGGGCACGCACGUACACACCGUGUGUGAGGCAGCCGGCCAGGUGGUCCUUCGUCCUGCUCGCUCGCUGCACAUAACAAUACAUAAACCGACAGAGAAUAAUAGGCCGAGGCGAACGAACACUAUUCCUCCUCCUUCAUGGGAGGUUCGAUGGCCUUUUGCUUGGACUCUUCGGCUGCUGAAGAGGACGGCAAAAAGACUCGGAUGUUGCUGAGGCGCUCGGAAAACUAAAGGUGCCACUAAAUCACUCGACCUUGGCCGACGACUUUAAACGUCGGAAAGAUGCAGGUACACGAGGGUCGCCACAGACACAGCACAAUCAAACCUGUGUCGCUGUGCCUAUAAUUUGCAGUCAACUCCGGUGUAGUGACGCCCUCUCACCGUGAGCGCCUCUUCAUAGUGGCCAAGACACUUUGUGACCCCUUUAAGCCAAGUGCCUUCUGGUGGAAGCCAAUCUUCCUCCUCGUCCGAGUCGGGUACAAGGAAAAAGGAGAGGUAAGUCGUGUUUAUCAAGUGUUUUCGUCUCGUCGCAGGAUUUCCGCAAGCAUCAUCAUCUUCGCGAGACUUCAGGCCCCAGGUUUUCAAGCCUUUCUGGUAUCCUCGGGGAAAACAAGAAGCCUGCUUGGAUGAUACGGACCCUUUCUUCAUGUUUGCAGUGCGCACUGCUGUCACUGGCGUACCUCUCGGGCCUCCUGUAUUUCUUACCGUACAACCGACCGACGGACAACUUCUUCGCCAUCGUCUGUUUCACCUCUCUGCUCCUCGGCUUCACAUUCGUGUCGUCCUUGGGCUUGUUGCGAGAUUACCCAGAGGCAGAAGCCGCAGCACAAGUGAUGGUCGGCUUCAUUUUCUCCGGCCCCGGCCUGUGCUUUUUGUUUUUGGCGAACUUCGCCCUGAUGCCAUAUCACUCGGGUGAGCGACUGCGCGACCUGCUGACGCCUGCACCUCCUCCAAUAGAUUCGGGAGAGACGACUUCAGCCGGUACCGGGGCAGUUCCUCAGCCGCCUGGGGAAGGAGAGACAGCCAGUCCGCCAGUGGAUAUUCAGGUUCUCUCAACCUCAAGUGGGAGCCGCCUGGCGAUUCAGCUGAAAGAGGGGGUCGUGACCACUGACGAAGGCGAGGGCGGUGAAAGUUCUGAAGGCCCGCCUCAGACUGAGGGACUGAGGGGUAGGAGAUGAGUCUUUUGCAGGAUUGGGCCUCAAAGUGAGAAUCGCGUCUUUUUUUCUGACCCUAGUUCCACACGAAAGACAGCUUGUCGGAGGGUGGUAGAUGGCCCCCCUUUUUCGCCUUUAGAGGGACCAAUACGUGUCUCCGACUUCCUCGCCACCUUGCUUUUCAGCUCCGAGGGGUCCCUGACAUCUCCACGGGCCUCAAAACCACCAACCGAAAGGCCAUCGCAAUUUGGUUACUCGGAUUUUGGUUUUGAGCCCGCAAGGACCAGACAAGGGACUCUGGGGAAA